AUGGAUUAUCAUCAGUCGGCGGCUUCAGCAGCAGCCGCCGCCGCCGCAGUCGCCGCCGCCCAAGCGGGCACGGUUCCCGAUACCGACAAGAGUCUCGUCUACUGUGAUGAUACGCUAACGAGAACAUUGACCGACGUCGUCGGUAGCACCUACGACAGCCACCAGCUAGCCGCGAUGUGUUAUCAGAAUCCCAACUAUUACUACUCGUCGCCGCCGGCACUACAGCAACAGCAAGCCGAACAACAGCAAUCGCAGCAACAACAGCCUCAGCAGAACUUCAUGCUAUCCAAUACUCAACAGCCGAUGCUCCAUGAGAGCUGGACGAUGCCCAUGAACUAUGCGGGGUUUUCCAAUGUUGUGACAGCCGCCUCGCCGAAUUUUCUUUAUAGCCAACCCAAUUUUGGUAUGUCGUUCGUUCAGGCAAACGCGGAUCAAUACUAUUCUGUUGCCCAAUCGACACCAUCAUCUUCCUCAUUCCUCGACACAAGUGCUGCGACGAACUUCGCUGUUACCAGCGGUGGUUCCUCUUAUCCUCCACUCGCUUACCAAACAAGGAACAGCCUACAUAAUCUGAUUGCGCAAACAUCGAAACAAUUGACAACUGAAAGGAUGAUGGAGUACUUGUCGAAACAAGAUGAGUAUGAUUGUGUGAUCUCGAUAUUCCACGCGAAAGUCGCCCAAAAGUCGUAUGGCAACGAGAAACGGUUCUUCUGCCCACCCCCGUGUAUAUAUCUUCUUGGAAAGGGAUGGCAGAACAAGAAGGAAAACCUAAUGCAGCUUUAUAAGGCGGCGAAGACGCAACAAAAACAGCAAGGCGGUCCCGAACUCCCUCCUGAGCAAGAACAAAUUCAAGAUCAACAAGCGACUGAACUCGUCGCUUAUAUAGGAAUUGGCUCGUCCGAACAAGAGCGGCAACAACUUGACUUCUCGUCGUCGAAGGUUCGGCAUCCUGGAGACCAGCGACAAGAUCCUAACAUAUAUGAUUACUGUGCUGCCAAAACACUGUACAUUAGCGACAGUGACAAACGCAAAUAUUUUGAGCUGAAUGCUCAAUUCUUCUACGGAUGCGGCAUGGAGAUUGGUCAAUUCGUAUCACAGCGCAUCAAAGUGAUCAGCAAACCUUCGAAGAAGAAGCAGAGCAUGAAAAACACCGACUGCAAGUACUUGUGCAUUGCGUCCGGCACAAAGGUCGCAUUGUUCAACCGUCUGCGCUCACAGACUGUCAGCACGCGAUAUUUGCAUGUCGAAGGCAACGCGUUCCACGCGAGUUCGACGAAAUGGGGAGCAUUCACCAUACAUUUGUUUGAUGAUGAGAGAAAUUCUCACGAGUCGGAAAAUUUUGCCGUGAAAGACGGAUUCGUUUAUUACGGAAGUGUUGUGAAACUCGUGGACAGUGUGACAGGAAUCGCUCUUCCUCGAUUGCGAAUCCGCAAGGUUGACAAACAACAAGUGAUUCUUGACGCCUCCGUGAGCGAGGAGCCUGUCUCGCAGCUUCACAAAUGCGCCUUUCAGAUGAUUGACUGUGAAACAGUAUACUUGUGUUUAAGUCAUGACAAGAUUAUUCAGCAUCAGGCGCAAGUCAUUGAUGCGAAUCGCCAUCAGAUAAACGAUGGAGCUGCGUGGACCAUCAUUUCGACCGAUAAGGCUGAGUAUCGAUUCUACGAGGCUAUGGGUCCAGUGGCAACGCCUAUUUCGCCGUGUCCGACUGUCACAUCUUUAGAAUUGGAUGGUGGAAACGAAGGAACUGCUCGGGUGGAGCUUCAUGGGCGUGAUUUCAAACCAAAUCUGAAAAUUUGGUUCGGUGCGACGUCGGUUGAUACACUUUUCCGCUCCGAAGAAAAUCUAAUGUGCACAAUUCCACCAGCAUCUGCAGUCAAGACAGACCAAACCGCAUGGCUUUUUGAUAACGGCACCAACGAUGUUGAGGUUCCCGUCUCUUUGGUCCGAGAUGAUGGAGUCGUCUAUUCGACCGGCCUCUCAUUCUCCUAUAAAACGCUGGAAAUGCACCAGUGUCGUUCCUAUCCGAGACUUCAUUAA